AUGGCUAAUCAGCAGCACCCGACACUCAAGAUGCCGUUCGGCACGCGGGCCCAGUCGGCCAGCCAUCCACUGUCUUCCUACCUACUCCGGCUCAUGGAGCUCAAGCAGUCGAACCUAUGCCUCAGCGCCGACGUGACGACCGCCCGAGAGCUCAUCUACCUGGCCGAAAAGGCUGGCCCGUCGAUUGUUGUGCUCAAGACUCACUACGACCUCAUCUCCGGGUGGGACUACAGCCCCAAGACGGGGACGGGUGCCAAGCUCGCGGCGCUGGCGCGGCGGUACGGCUUCCUGAUUUUUGAGGACCGCAAAUUCGCCGAUAUCGGCAAGACGGUCCAGAUGCAGUACACCGCCGGCACCGCACGCAUCAUCGAGUGGGCCCACAUCACAAACAUCAACAUCCACGCCGGCAAGGACAGCGUGCGCGCCCUGGCCGAGGCCGCCGCCCAGUGGCGCGAGCGCAUCAAGUACGAGGUCAGGACCUCGGUGUCUGUCGGCACCCCGCUGUCGGACAGCUUCGAGGACGACGAGGAUGGCAACGGCGCCGGUGUCGGCGGCGGCAGCAGCAGCAUGACGAGCCCGCCGAUCGCGGGGAGCAGCAGUAGCGGCGGUGGGCCGCCUCCAUCCGUGUACGGGAGGGACUCGGACGGGCGCAAGGGCAGCAUCGUGUCGAUAACGACGGUGACGCAGUCUUUCGAGCCGGCAGACUCACCACGGCUCUCCAAGAGCAUGUCGGGCGAGGGUGUCGACGAUCUCGUCUUUCCCGGCAUCGAGGAGGCCCCGCUGGAGCGCGGCCUGCUAAUCCUGGCCCAGAUGUCUAGCAAGGGAUGCCUGAUGACGCCCGACUACACGGCGGCGUGCGUCGAGGCUGCGCGGGAGAACAGGAGGUUCGUCAUGGGGUUCGUUGCCCAGGAAGGCCUCAACAGCGAAGCCGACGAUGACUUCAUCACCAUGACGCCGGGCUGCAAAUUGCCGCCGCAGGGCGAAGAGGAGAACGGCCCGCUCGAGGGCGACGGGCUGGGCCAGCAGUACAACACGCCUGCGAAGCUGAUUGGGCUUGGCACCGACAUUGUCAUUGUGGGAAGGGGCAUCAUUAAGGCUGACGACCCCCAAUCAGAGGCUGAGAGGUAUAGGCGCAAGGCAUGGUCCGCAUAUCAAGAACGUUGUGAUAGAGAUUCGCCUUGCAGCAAUUGUGUAUCGAGAAACAAGCAGGAUGUGUGCCGCUACGAGUCGCCGCCAGCACCACCUUCGACCUCAAAGAAGGUCAAACUUGACGGUAAAUCUAGACAGAAGCAGGAGCCCAGUCCCCAAGAUUCAGUCAGUGAUCUGGAGCACGUGGACUUCGUGGAAACAUCGCCAAGCAAGGAGGCAAACUUUGGUUAUGCAAACACCACACCGGCUGGCUCUAAUGGUGUUUCAACCCUGGGCUUGCUCCUCAAAAUUGACAAGGUCACAGCCUCGGGGCAACAAGGCGACGCUGGUGACCACCUGACCCGGAUCACGGCAGACUCAGACCGGAGGGUGUCUGACGUCGGCAUACGCGAGCGGUAUAAGAGCAUCCUUCGACGGCUUCCUACUCGCGACCAUGUUGAGAGGCUGGCCGAAAUAUAUCUGGAGGAGCUCAACCCGAACUACUAUCCGCUUGAGCCGGACCUGUUCCGAGACCAACUUGCCGAGUGGUACGACGUCCAUCUCAACCUGCUCGACAAAUCUGGACCAUAUGCCUUGACGCCCGAGAUGCGCCCUUUUGGCGCGCUUCUGUUCCAGAUAAUCGCCGUCGCCUUGCUGCUCCUACCGUCCGAGGGCCCCCUUGCCACGCACUACAAGGCGCUCAAGGAUGUCAGCGGCAUCAAAGCCGUGGACCUGGCCAUGGACUAUAGCGAGUCCGGCGUCGCCAUCUUGUCGCUGCUCGGCAAGAGGCAAAUGUCAUUAACGACGAUACAGGCCGGCUUCAUACGUGCUAAUUUCCUCAAAUACUGCGCCCUCGUCACCGAAGCGUGGCAUGCAAUCGGCAGCGUCAUCCGCGACGCUCAGGAGAUUGGUCUGCACCGGGAGGCUCUCGAGCCAAAGCCCCAGGCUGUGACGGCUGACGACGGCGACUCCCAUGCUGCCACCGCGGCUGUUUUGAGAAAUCAAUGGCAUAUCCAGCAUCGUAGGCGCCUUUGGCACGUCUUGUUCCUGUGGGACACGCACGCCGCCGCAGUGCUGGGUCGACCGACCUCGGUAGGUGAAGAGAUUCAACUUCCACUGCCAGUCGAUUGUCUAGUGCCGAGGGACCGUUCGUCAACACCGGUACAGCCAAGGAGUGCCGAUGAUCCGCCUACUCCGCUUACACGGAUACUUUGGGCACUGAAAGCCAUGGUGUACCUCCGUCAGAUACUGAAGUUGGAAGCCAAAGGGACGAACCCACGGAAUUUUGCAUGUGUUGAUAAACUGCAUCAGGACCUGGAGCGGUUCGAAGACGAGAUACCACCUCAGUUCCGCCUCGAGAACCCAGAUACUUCUUUCGACGACCAUCCUGAUUGUCGGUGGCUGCGUGCCCAGCGUACCCUUUUACCGCAAGUAUCGGCUUUUAACUUUAUCGUCUUACACCGACAAUACGUCUUUACAAGAACGCAAUCCCGGAUCGAGGCACUCAAGGCGUGUCUCAAGAUGCUGGGUGCUCAGCAGAUACAGUUUGCAGCCAUGAAGCCCGAGCAGUACAGGGCCUUUUCGAUUUUCUUCGGGACCUUUGACGCUGUCAUCCUCCUUGCGACCCUAUACAUUGUCUUCCCCAAGGAUAACCUGGAUCUGCUCCCGGACGCUCUUCAGCACUUCCGAUUCGCGGUAGAGCGGUUUUCAGCCCUGUCUGAAUCCAACAACCUUGCAAGGGCUGGUGUUGGGGUCCUUAGAGCGAUAUUUCAGAGGCUGAGAAAAUCGCUUACCCUUGCUGGAUCGUGGCCAUCUGAGUGUACCGACCAACUGUUGCACAAAUCAACAGACACUGAAGCACUUUCCUCCUUGGGAUGCGGCAAGGAUACUGUGCCCAAUACCAAGGCGCUAGAAGAACGGCUCGCUCCACAAACCUCGCAUCGCCCUCGUGACUCUAGUGUAGGAGCUGAAGAUCGACCAGGGCCACAACCCAUUCAGGCACUUGCUCAGGACGUGGAGGAGUGGUCUUUACCUGACAACUUCGACUGGUCCGCGUUACAGCCUAUUACCGCUACCAGCGACCUUCUCUACAAUGACUUGAUGGUUGGCGGUGGCUUGGAUUUCAGCAGUACAGGUGGCCAUGAUGGUUGGCAGCAGCCGCAAGCGUGGUGGCCGACAGAUACCUCUGUGUCCGAAAGUGAUGCUCAAGCCGUCGGCAAUGUCGUUGGAUCUGGCGAUGGUCAACAAGACGCCAACUCUGCAUUGCAUUUCGAAGGUCACUUUGAUCAGGGAAGUGUCUGGAACAUGCUAAACUUCUACAAUCCGCUUUAGGACGUAGCAGGCGAUGGUGGAUUUGCGCUUUCCUACGCUUCUAACUUUGGGAUGUCCCGUGCAACCUCCCGCCGAAGCACCUGGCAGGUGCCCGAGAAGACUGCUCAUGUUAGAUGAUAUUUCAAUUAUGCUCAUGCCAACAGCAACCGGCUUGGUCAUGGGAUGAAUGAGACUCACACCACCUUUCCAGUAUCAUAUUUGCCUCACGCAUUGAAUAUACCAAACCCUGUGUUGCUUAUGGAGAAGUCUUUGCUGGAAAAAAAUCUUUGAAGAGGUGAUGGGCAUGGAGUUUGUGGUGACAAUUGAUGAGCUGGCUCGCGAGGCUAUCUUCAAGGACCUAGAAUUGUUUCCCGGAUAUGUGUAGCUCACUUUCUCGGACGCGAUGAUCCCAGCAGCUGACAAAAUCGAGUUUGUGGAUGACAUUGCAUGCCUAUUUCAAACCAUGGCCAUGACCUUGGAGAUCGUGCUUUUCAUUGACACAACCCACUGGACCGUAGUCACCAUCGCUAACUCG